AUGGUUGUCAUUCUUCUUCUUCUCUUGUUUCUAUUAGCUCCUUGUGCAACCUCAUUAAACUUCAAUUUCCCCAACUUCCCAAAUAGCAUCAUCAACACCCUAUCUCUCGAGGGAGAUGCUUCGGUCGACGGUGAUUUCCUCCAACUCACCAAAAGCGCUCUUGACCCGGAAAAAGACCACAGCGUCGGCCGAGCCACCUACAGCCAACCCUUCCUCCUCCGCGACAACGCCACCGGAAAACUCGCCGACUUCACCACAACUUUCACAUUCACCAUCGACUCGCUAAACAAUUCAAACUAUUCAGACGGGCUCGCCUUCUUUUUGGCGCCAAACGGGUCUGCACUCAACACAACAAUAGGCAUAGGCCCCUAUCUUGGCCUCCCAAUGAUAAACCCAGAAAAAUACGAGUCCACGAAUCUGUACCCGUUUGUGGCAGUGGAGUUUGACAUCUUUCAUAAUCUUGAAGAUCCCGCCGGCGAUCAUGUUGGUAUUGAUGUCAACUCUGUCAAGUCUGAAGUUACCAGGCCGUGGAAUGGUGGCAUUAUGGAGGGACAAGUCAAUAAUGCUUCGAUUCGUUAUGAUUCUGGAUCGAAAAGUCUUGGCGUUAUCUUCACUAGUUAUGAAAAUGGUGUCUCGGUUGAGAGGGAUCUUGCUUACAUGGUUGAUCUUAAUGAGAUUUUGCAGGGUUGGGUGAUUGUUGGGAUCUCUGCUGCAACAGGUGUUUGGACUGCUAACCACAAGAUCAACUCAUGGAGUUUCAAUUCGACAACCCCCAUUGUUGAACACAACUCAAGAAAUGGCAUCAACAUUGGACUUGUGGUUGGGCUGGUUGUUGGUGGGUGUGUUCUUUUGGUUGGUGGGUUUUGUUUGGUUUGGUUCAUUUUUUGGAAGAAGGGGGGAACAGGGGAAAGUAGCGACAAUGAUGAAGAUCCUAUCAUCAACGAUCCAAUCGAUGACGAAUUCGAAAAGGAGACAGGCCCAAAGAAGUUUUCGUACAAGACAUUGGCUCAAUCGACAAAUGAUUUUGACGAGGGAGAGAAGCUUGGAGAGGGAGGGUUUGGUGGGGUUUACAGAGGCUUUAUACCAGACUUGAACUCAUAUGUUGCUGUUAAGAGAGUCUCAAGUAGUUCUAAACAAGGACUGAAGGAGUAUGCAUCGGAAGUAAAGAUCAUCAGUCGACUUAGGCAUCGCAAUCUUGUGCAACUGAUUGGCUGGUGCCACGAAAGAAAAUUCUUACUUGUGUACGAGUUCAUGCCGAAUGGGAGCUUAGAUUCUCAUUUGUUUAAAGAACAAAGCUUGUUAACUUGGGAGGCAAGAUACAAAAUUGCUCAAGGUUUGGCCUCUGGGUUGUUCUAUCUACAUGAAGAGUGGGAGCAAUGUGUGCUGCAUAGGGAUAUUAAAUCGAGCAAUGUUAUGUUAGAUUCAAAUUUCAACGCAAAACUUGGGGAUUUUGGGUUAGCUAGACUUGUGGACCACGGAAAACAGUCGCAAACCACAAUCUUGGCUGGAACCAUGGGUUACAUGGCUCCGGAUUAUCUCAACACCGGAAAGGCUAGCAAAGAAUCAGAUGUCUACAGCUUCGGAGUUGUUGCUUUGGAAAUAGCAUGUGGGAGAAAACCCAUCGAUCCAAAGUUUGGAAGCUCUAAAGUCAAUAUGGUUGAGUGGGUUUGGGAGCUUUACGGAGAAGAUAGAGUCAAUGAAGCAGCUGACCCAAAACUAUGUGGGGAUUUUGAUAAGAAACAAAUGGAGUGCUUGAUGAUUGUUGGGUUGUGGUGUGCUCAUCCAGACAACAACAUGAGGCCUUCAAUACAACAAGCAAUUCAAGUGCUUAACUUCGAGGUACCGUUGCCGAAUCUCCCAUCAAAGAUGCCGGUGGCCACCUAUUUUGCUCCUCCGAAAUCGGUCUCGUUGUUGUUUAGAGAUAUUAGUGGUUCUCAAGGAGGCCAAACUGAGUCGUCUUCAGGCCAAACUAACUCCUCACAGUUCAGCGCACCUUCUUCUACCACAAAUUCUCAUCCAAAAAUUUCACUUGGGUAA